AGGAAGAAGACCAAGGCCAGCGUCAAAGCGCGAGCGACGAAGCAAAAAUCUUCUCUCCUCUCGAUCUUUCUCUCAAUCCCCUCUCUCGAUCUCGAUCCUCACUCUAGCGCAUUGCUCGCCUCCCGCGAAUUGGCGCGUUCUUGGUGGAUCGCUCAGCGCUACUGUUGCAUUGGCGAAAUAUUCUCGUCUCGUGAUCCAGUGUCCAAGAAACGAUCCGUGGCUAUGGAUUCCAGCAGCGGCGCCGCUGGGAGGAGCUCUCUGGUCUACUUGCUGCCGCUCAUCGCCAAGCCGUGGCUGGAUUCAUCGUCGGCGGCGGCGUCGCCGUCCUGGAUCCCUCUCGCGCUGGCGCUUCUUUGCGUCUUUGCCGCCUCGGCAAUCCUCUUCUGGUGCUUCCCCGGCGGCCCGGCGUGGGGAAGAUCGCUGAUCUUUAGCAAGAAGAUGAAGAACGCCGCUGCAAUCCCGGGACCGCGAGGAUUCCCCGUCCUGGGGAGCCUCCUCGACAUGGGAGCGCUGGCGCACCGCCGCCUGGCGGCCCUGGCGCGAUCACACUCGGCGGAGAGGCUUAUGGCGGUGAGCGUCGGAUCCACGCGCAUGGUGGUGUCGUCUUUGCCGGAUGUGGCACGCCAGAUCCUCGCCAGCCCCUGCUUCGCGGACCGCCCGCUCAAGCAAUCUGCGCAGGAGCUUCUCUUUGGGCGCGCCAUGGGAUUUGCGCCUUACGGCGAUUACUGGCGCCGGCUGCGACGAAUUGCAUCGGGCUGCCUCUUCUCCCCCCGCCGGAUCGCCGCCCAGGAGCCGCUCCGCCAGGCCGAGACCGCCGCCAUGGUGGCCGAUAUCUCCGGCAGCGCCGCCCGCUCCAAUGGCGGCGGUAUCGCCGUGCGUGGAUUCGUCCAGCGCGCCUCGCUCAACAGUGUCAUGAGGUCGGUGUUUGGGCGACGCAUCGGCGAUGGCGAGGAGGAGGUCCAGGCGAUGGUCCGCGAAGGGUUUGAGCUUCUGGGCGCUUUCAAUUGGUCCGACCAUCUCCCAUUCUUGAGGCAGUGGGAUCCCCAGGGCGUGGUGAAGCGCUGCCAGCAGCUGGUUCCUCGCGUGAACGCUUUUGUAAGGAAGAUUAUCCAGGAGCGCCGGGCAGAGAUGGCGGCGGCGGAGGAGGAGAAUUCUUCCAGCUCCAAAGCUGCCGGAGGUGGAGAGGACUUUGUCCACGUCUUGCUCUCGCUCCAAGGCGAGGACAAGCUCGAGGAGUCGGACAUGAUCGCGGUGCUCUGGGAGAUGAUUUUCCGAGGCACUGACACCACUGCGAUCCUCACAGAGUGGGCUCUGGCGGAGCUGGUUCUCAACCCGGACGUGCAGCACAAGCUCCAGUCGGAGAUCGACUCGGUGUGCCCGGCCGGCCAGCCGGUCCGCGACUCGGACACCGAGCGCAUGCCUUACCUCCAGGCCGUGAUCAACGAGACUCUCCGCCUCCACCCGCCGGGUCCGCUGCUCUCCUGGGCCCGUCUGGCGACGCACGACGUGGAGAUCUCCGGCUACCACGUCCCGGCGGGCACCAGCGCCAUGGUCAACAUGUGGGCGAUCACGCACGACCCCAGCAUCUGGCCCAACCCGGAGGCUUUCGACCCGGAGCGGUUCGUGGAGAACAAGAGCUUCGACGUCCGGGGCAUCGACUUGAGGCUGGCGCCGUUUGGAGCCGGGCGGCGGGUAUGCCCCGGCCGGGCACUGGGACUCGCGACCGUGAAGCUGUGGAUCGCCAGGCUUGUCCAGGAGUUCUCGUGGAUGCCUUGCGAGGACAGCCCCGUGGACCUGUCGGAGGUGCUCAAGCUCUCUUGCGAGAUGGUCAAUCCUCUGAAAGCCAGGCCAGUUUCGAGGAGGCCUCCUGCUACUCACUAAGUGGUGGUAACUUUGGCAACUAUGACUACUACUACUAUCGCUACCACUACUACCACUACUACUACCAGUACUACUACCACUACUACUUUACCGCUCUACUACUACCACUACCGCUACUAUCACUACUACUGCUACCAAGUAAGAGUUUUUCUUUCAAGUUUUUACGGGCUCUUCUUCAGUUCUCUGCUACGGGCUGCGCUUUCGUCUCCGAGUUUGACAUUCCAGUCUGGCUUUCGGGUUCUGAGAUCUUUCGAAGAGGCACAAAGCGAGAGAUUCAGGGGCAGCAGCAGCAGGACCCGAGGAAACGGAAACCCUGAGGCCAAUUUUGCAGAGUAGGAUCGUCACACAGGAUCAUCACACACGGACACAACACUAAAACCAAACAAGGAAGAAGAGUGAGAAGAGAGGCUGAACUCCUGCGACUUUCGGAAUUUUUUCUUUCUUUUUUUUCUUUUUUUUUUUCUUGUUGUGCUUUGGAUUUGUGCUUGUUGUUGUUAGUUCUUUCAGUUGCUUGUUGUUCCUUCCCAGCUAUGUACUUCGCUUCUCGCCUAUAAUUUAUUCUAAUCUUAAUGUAUCCAGUUGUCUGUC